CGGAUAUAGUGAAUGCAGGGUCCGGGGAGAGCGGAUAUAGUGAAUGCAGGGUCCAGGGAGACCGGAUAUAGUGAAUGCAGGGUCCGGGGAGAGCGGAUAUAGGAGACCAGAUAUAGUGAAUGCAGGGUCCAGGGAGACCAGAUAUAGUGAAUGCAGGGUCCAGGGAGACCAGAUAUAGUGAAUGCAGGGUCCAGGAGACCAGAUAUAGUGAAUGCGGGGUCCGGGGAGAGCGGAUAUAGUGAAUGCUGGGUCUGGGGAGAGCAGAUAUAGUGAAUGCAGGGUCCCGGGGAGAGCGGAUAUAGUGACUGCAGGGUACCGGGGUCCGGGGAGACGAGAUAUAGUGAAUGCGGGGUCCGGGGAGACCGGAUAUCAUGAAUGCAGGGUCCAG